AUGGAGGAACUUGGUGGUGCCCCGCCUGUUGCGUCUGUUCCGCCCGGCACAGCCGGUGUCGUCGAGCCGCCCAAACUCGUCGACGCCCCGGCACCCGAGCAUCCGCACCCCGAACCUUCGUUCGAGAAGCCUCCUAACAAAGUAGGACGGGCUUGUCUCGUGGCCGGCUACCUGUUCACCAUCUCCCUGGCCGCCAUCGUGCUGGCGAUCUACUACAGCUUCUUCUGGUUCGGAGACGCCGCGCUGUUCCCGUCGACUGGCGGCGGGGCGAGGAACGUGACUACCGCGGCGCCCGGCGGUGGAGGCGGCGGCGACGGAGGGAAUGGAGGCGGCGGUGACGACGGGAAUGGAGGAGGAGGGAUGGCGACUACCGCCUCGGCAGAAGAUUUAAUGAAAUGA